AUGGGCUCUGGGCCGCGCGGGGCGCUGAGCCUGCUGCUCCUGCUGCUGGCCGCACGGAGCCGCCCGGCCGCGGGCUGCCCCGCGCCGUGUAGCUGCGCGGGGACGCGCGUGGACUGCGGGCGCCGCGGGCUGACCUGGGCCUCUCUGCCGGCCGCCUUCCCGCCCGACACCACCGAACUGGUGCUGACUGGCAACAACCUGACGGUGCUGCCGCCGGGGCUGCUGGACGCGCUGCCCGCGCUGCGCGCAGUGUACCUGGGCGCCAAUCCCUGGCGCUGCGACUGCCGCCUGGUGCCGCUGCGCGCCUGGCUGGCCGGCCGCCCCGAGCGCGGGCCCUACCGCGACGUGCGCUGCGUCGCGCCCCCGGCGCUGCGCGGCCGGCUGCUGCCCUACCUGACCGAGGACGAGCUGCGCGCCGCCUGCGUGUGGGGCCCGCUGUGCUGGGGGGCGCUGGCGGCGCAGGGGGCGCUGCUGGUCCUCGGCCUGCUGCACGCGCUGCUGCUGGCGCUGCUGCUGUGUCGCCUGCGGAGGCUGCGCGCUCACAACCGCGCGGCGCACCGGCUUGCGCUCACGGCCCCGCUGGUGGCCGACCAGGCUGGAUCCUGCGCGUCCUGAGAGGGGCCGACUGGUGCUGAGCCAACGCGGGCCUGCACGCCGGGGGAGAGGCCUUGCGCUGGGAGCCCCACCCCCCUCCACCUGGUCUCGGUCUCCGCCUCCGCCCAUGGCCCGCACGCACGAGGGAAUGGAACCGCUUGCUCGCUUAGAGAGGUGGAGGGACCCAGCUGUGGCUCAAACCCUGUGGAUUCUCCCCUCCCAAUCUGAGGAGCUAAAUAAACCUUUCUC